GUCGAAGGAGUGACAUGCUGAAGUUUUCAGUGAAAAAGAAGUGUGUGUUAUGAUAGUUCAACUGGUUGUUUUUUCCUCCGUGGUACUAGGACUUUGUUGGUUCAUAGCCAGGAGGAAACCGAAGCUACUCAGGAGGAUGUUUAAGCCCGGUAGCCCUCUUUUUGCUCUUGGAUACCAAUUCUAUUCCAAGACAAGGUUAGGUCACUACUACCAUGCCAAGAACCUCAAGAAGGCUAGAGAUCAGUUUCCUGAUGGGCAUUCAGUGGUGGAAGUCACUGAAAUGAAUGGUAUUAAGAUCAGACCGAUACCAUACUUAGAGGAUAACUACGCGUAUCUUGUGAUUGACAAAGCGACAAACAUGGCCGUCGUUAUCGAUCCAGGUGAUCCAGAGGUCGUUCAGUAUUGGAUAGAACAAGAGGGUGUUUCUAUAACGGCCAUCUUAACCACACACAAACACUGGGAUCAUUCUGGUGGAAACACAUCUCUCAGGAAAGUUUAUAAGAAGCUUGCUGUGUAUGGGAGUUCAACAGAUUCAGUACCAGGUCUUACACACCAUGUUGUUGAUCAGGAAAGCAUUCAAGUGGGUGGUCUGAGGUUCACAGCUCUCUUCACACCAGGUCACACUGUAGGUCACAUGGCAUACCUCCUACACAGUCCAGGAGGGGAUUCCCCAGACUGUGUAUUCACAGGAGAUCUCUUAUUCCUUGGUGGUUGUGGUCGGAUGUUUGAAGGUCCAGCGUCACUGAUGCUUCAGAGUCUAGAUAAGAUAUGUGAGCUGUCUCAAGACACCAUUGUUUGGCCAGGUCAUGAGUAUGCCAGGGAUAACCUUGACUUUGCCCAAAACUUGGAACCAGGAAAUCAAGAAGUGAUGGCCAAGUUUUCAUGGGUAAAGGAAAGAAGAAAAGAGAGGUUAAUAACGGCGCCUUCCUCCGUGUCAGAAGAAAGGUCUUACAAUCCUUUCUUAAGAGCCUCUUCAUCGUCUCUCGUCCAAGCUCUGAGAAAAGACGAGGGGUCAGAUCAUGGGUUGGAUGUAGAUAAAGAAGAGAACAGAGCAAGCAUCUUGAAGGAACUACGCAACAGGAAAGACAAGUAUUUUUAUAAACUAUAGCUUUUAAUUUUGUGUACUGAGAUUAAAAAUGCUAAGCCUGCUUGGCUGAGGGGAGCAGAGACCUCAAAUGGUGUCAUUCAGUAAGUCACACUUUGUGGUCUUGGGUUCGAAUCCCCCUGGAGUGAUUUGCCGGAACUUGGGGGGAAAGUACCGAGUACACAUCAGUGUAGGUAAAGAUAACAUCUAUUAAAUCGCUGUUCACACAUAUAAUUCGUACUGUCUCUAGUCACUGGGCUAGCUCAAUGGUCUAGCAAUGCAAAGGUUGUGCGUUCGAAUCCCACCUGAGUGAUUAGCCUGUGGAUUUUUUUUCGUCAAAGAAUUCGGGAAGGUAAUGAAAAGGAUCAAAAGAAAAUGAUAUACUUUAUCUUGAUGCAAAAAACAAAUCGUUGCGGUACCGUUUGCUAAAACGUAGGAUUCAAAAUGCCUCCAGCUACUGGGAUAGCUGUAUAGUAACUUAAAGGUUGUGGGCUCGAAUCCCAUUGGAGUGAUUUGACUGUCGAUUUUUUUUUUCAUAGAUAUUGGUGUAAGGGUGAAAACAAAUUACAUUCUUUAUCGCGAUGCAAAAAUAACAUCUCUUACUUGUUCAUUUGAAGAAAUAUUUAUUGACGGAACUUGUGUAGAAAGGGUUGGUCAUUGGAUGAACUUUUUUCAAUUGAGUAUUCUCUGAAACAGAUUUAAGGGGUAAAGUAUGUUUCAAUCCUUUAUUGUAUCAAAAAGUAUUUAUUUUUGUAUAUAGGCAAGUUCCCUCAGAUUCCCCCAAACGAAAUUCAUUACUGAAUAUAUUUUAUUGCCAAUAUUUAAGUCUAGAAAAUAUUCAAUUAAAUUCACAGAAGAAUAUAGUAUUUAAAAUCAGAAUCAAAAUUAACGGAAGAAAAAUGUAGAAAAAAACCUAUAAACUGAAUAAGAGGCUUUGUAGCAAUUAGCAAUCAUACAUAUCCAUGUGCAGUGUACAUAUACUUACAAUUAACAAACACCUUGCUAAGCUUAUCAACUCACUUUGUAAUUUUGUUUUAAGUUGUUACACGUUAACAUUACAUUAAUCCUCCCCCAACUGGGAUAAGACAAAGUGUUGGUAUUUUCUCUCAAAGGAAUUGGGCCACAACUUUCCCUUCAUCGUUAUCCAAUUCUAAAUCUUUACAAAUUCACAAGACUAUUUAUUUUACACACACACAUUUUUUUUUAUUCCCAACUCUGCAACUGUCUGUUUUUUUCAUCAAAAGAAACUUACCGUUCACAGUUAUCCAAUUGUCGAUGUUUACAAAUUCACAAGACUUGUUUUUGUACCAUACUUAGUUACGUUGUGCCCGAUGGACAGUUGAAGAGUGGAACUUUAUAUAAACUUCAAAUGUCGCUACGUGCUCGAAAUACACUGUUUAAAGUAAACCUGCAUUGUUAACUUGCUAUUGAAUUCCCCUCACCCAUCAAUUAAACAUCACAAUGCAAAGUGAUAUGAAAAAAAUGGCUUUAAUUAUUAACGUAUUUAUCAAUCAAGGUUUUGUGUAAAGCGAACUAAUUAUUGUAUAAAGUAAAUUAUUGUGUU